UAUGAAAUUGACGAAAUAAUUUUGAAACGUAGUGCUGUGUGGCAUUCAUUGCUGGUGAAGGAUGGCGGCGUACUACGGUUUAUUGCAAAGUAGAGAAUGUCAGGAAGACCCAGAGGCAGAGCUUCUCGUCGUUCUCCAGGUCCAAGCAGCUCCAGAAAUCGGACAGUAGCUGGGCUAGACAGAGCUAAAGAUACCUUCAACACCAAGAUGGAUAUUGAUCCAGACAUGUUAAGCACUCACAAAAUUCAGGAUUCUCUAUUGAGCUCUAACAAUAGAUUCUCUGACUAUCGCGGCAUUUUCAACUGGUGCAUCAUCAUGCUGGUGCUUACUAAUUUGCACAUGUUCCUGGAUAACUACAUAGAGUAUGGCUUCGUGGUGGACCUGGGUCAGGUGUUGUACCAUUUCCUGAAGGACCCCUAUAGCUGGCCGGCCACCUACCUGAUUCUCGCUUCCAACGUGUUUGUGGUGGCCGCUCUGUUCUUCGAGAGAUGGCAGGAAUGGGACUAUAUAACCGAGUCAACAGGAAAAGUUCUAGAGAUUGGAAAUCUGGCUGCUAUGUUGCUUUUUCCUGCAGCAGUAAUACUGCACGAGUCAACUUCCUUAUCUGUUGGUGGAUCAAUGCUGGCUCUCAUAGUUUACACUGUCACUGCACUCAAGAUCUAUUCCUACCAUGAAGUCAACAGCUGGUUUCGUCAGGGGAUACAAACCAGUUCAGGUACUGGGGUAAAAAAUGAAUCCGAGCAGGAAUGGGUGUUGUAUCCAAAAAAUUUAACAACAGGAAAUCUCUAUUACUUCUUACUGGCACCCACUCUCUGCUACCAGCUCAACUUCCCUCGCAAUGUAAUCAUUCGCAAAUGGUUUUUAGCCCGUAGGGCCCUGGAAAUUAUCUUACUCAGUCAGCUCAUGAUAGCAAUGAUUCAGCAGUUAAUUUUCCCACUCAUACGGAAGUCAUCGCGUUUAUUUACAGAAAUGGAUAUGACCGCAAAAAUUAAGCAUGUUAUGGAGUUAGUGGCUCCAAAUAAUUUUAUCUGGAUCAUUUUGUUCUACUGGUUCUGUCACUCUGUCCUCAACUUCAUGGCUGAGUUGCUAAAGUUUGGAGACCGGGAGUUCUAUGCAGACUGGUGGAACUCUGAUAACCUUAACAGGUUCUGGACUACCUUGAAUCUCCCAUUCCACAAGUGGAGUAUGAGGCAUGUCUAUAGGCCCCUUCUCAUGCAAGGGUUUCCUCAAUGGCAAGCUCAGGUCAUUGUCUACAUGGUAUCUGCAGCUCUCUGUGAGUAUGUCAUUGCCAUUCCACUGGAGAUGUUCCGUUUCUGGAUCUUUGCGACAAUUGUUCUACAGGCCAAAAUGACUUUGCUGCUGGGCCGUUUCUCCAGUGGUAACUACGGGAACUGCUUGGUGUGGCUGUGUGUGCUCGUGGGCCCCCCAAUAGCAGUACUGACCUAUUUGCACGAUUACUACAUGCUAAAUAGAGAAAGCAAUGCCUGGAGUUUAUACUAACUGCCUGUUAACAUAUAAAGAGCAAAGCAACAUUUCCAGGGUAUUAAACACAACCCUCUAGCAGAAACCUGGCUGCUUGUGUGUAGUGCAUUCAGCUGUGCUGACUAGACAUCAGUUAAGACUGUCGAUUAUGUGUAAUGAUCUGCCCUCUUUAUACAUAUUUGAACUCUUUCUGAUCCAUACCUCUACAUCUGUUCCUUAUAUAUCUGUCCAUGUUUAUCUGUCUACUCUUAUUAAUGUUGUCUUGCCUGUGGAGCUCUAUCAACUUGUAUGCCUAACCUGCCUCUUGGUAUCUAGAUCUGUAUACUCAAUUAGUGUAUAUACAGUGAUUCCCAUAAAUAUGAACCCCCUGUGGUUUCAGAUAAUAAAACAAUUAAUCACUUUGCUGUCUGGCUGUGCUGCUAAUCAGACAGCUGACAAAUGACCACAUUUUCAACUACAAAGCAAGUUAAGAAUAACAAGCCCUAAUCUAAAUCUUGUCCAAGUCUAAACAUGCUUAGACUAGUCUUUGUGGACUGGAUAAGUCUUUCCAUAAGUACUAACACCCAUUUCCUGUAUGUACAGUACAGUAUUUUUGCAUAUGUCUAGAGGAGGGAUAUCUUUUACUACCAGUCAAUACCAACCUCAUAUUGGGUUCAGAACAGGAUAUGAACAUUGAUGUUUCCAUCCAAGUAUCAAAAUAUUGAAAUAAAAUAAUACAGGUUUAUUAUAUUUAUGCUAUUAUAAAAUCAUAGUGUGAAUAUUUUAGGUCAAAAUUACUUUCUACAAAAGAUGUUAUAGGUAGUGGAGCAUUUAACAACAAAAUCAGUGUUUACAAACCGAUCACAUAUUGUCAGUAUCUGGACCCGUCACUAGGUUGUGAAGCCAAGUAAGACAGUAUCGAAGUCGUGACUUUAAUCAGUAUAUUAUUCCAGAUUUGAAAAAGGGUGCAGCAAGAUGCUGUAUUAAUGUCUCAGAAUACAAUUCGAACUCCACCAUUGUGUUGGCUGGUUGACAAAAGAGACAACUUACUAGUAUACAUUUUGUGGCUCUACAAGUUCAUUCUUUUUGCAGUCCCUGAACUAUUUAAAAUAAUGCUUUUUCAGAAGUUGCAUACAGAAUCAACAUUCAGAGAGUACUGUAGUUAUUCCACGAUUGAGAAUUGGAGGAAUCACAACCGAGUCCUCAAACGAUUCCAAAAUGAAAUCCGGUAAACAAAUAAUAUUCACUCUGUAAUGCUGAAUACAAAAAGCGUAUUCAACACUAGAACUAUCAACACUUGUUGUAUAAACCACCAUAUUGCAUUAUUAAAAGAUUGCCAUUUAUUAUACAUAACAGUCUUUUAAAAUGUUUCCUUUAUAAAAACUCUCAAAGAAAUUACAUAUUUAAAAAGCAAGGUGCAUACUGGUACAAUAAUUGCAAAGCACGAUAAAUGUUUAACAAUCUGGAGAAAUUCUAGCUAUAGCAAACUAAAAAAAAUUUAAGUGAAUUAGGUAAUGUUUUUAAAAGUAUAUGGGACACUUUUUACAAAAUUUCA